UGUUAAGCAGCUUUCCAAAUGUCAAUAAAAGUCAACAUUUUGGAUCCUAUGGUCAACUGCCCAGCAAGUUCCAUAUACCACCAUCAUAUGGUGGGAAGCUAUGACAAUAGCACCACAGUUGAAGAAUUUGCUAAGAGGUGUGGAAUACUAACAGAUGAAAUUGAGCAUGUUGAUGUUGAUACUUUGGAGAAGCUUGAAAAACAAGGUGUUGAUUGUCAGCCUAAAGCUUCUACCAUUCGCAUUAUCCAGAUUAGAGAUGAUAACAAAAAAUGCAAUCAUCUUAUGUUCAAAGGUUGUUUCCAACAGGUGUUGGAUGUUGAGUUUUACAAUGUGAAAGCUUUAUACAGAAGGGCACAAGCUUACAUGGAAACUUAUGAUUAUGAAUUGACUGAAUUGGACAUCAAGAAGGCCUUGGAAGCCGAUCCACAAAUCAAGGAGGUAAAUUCUAUUCACAAGACUUUAAAGCAACUUGAAGCUCAGAGUAACAAAAGAGAUACUAAACUUUAUACAAAUAUGUUUGCCCAAAUGGCUAACGAUUAUUCUAUACAAACUAAGAGAUUAAAGAUUGAGAAAGUGGAGAAGAAUGAGAAGGAUGGUGUUAUGGGAAUGGAAUUGGAAAAAGGCAAAUGGGUUGAUAUUGAAGGAUGUAAGCUCUUGAGUUGGGAAUGGUGGCCUUGGUCUGAUUAUAUGCCUCACAUAACCAGACAACAACUUUGAUUACAAAAAAGGGGUCAUUCUAUUAUAGCAUAGUGCAAAUAUUUGUGUGUUUGUAAAUGGGCGAAAUAUACACAAUAGCAACAUACUUUACUAAUCUACCAAUUAGAACAAUGUACUAUACUUCCACACAAAAGCGAC